CCACAAACUUCACCAGAGAAGCAGAUAGAGAGAUCUGGAGAAAGAAAUCAACUCUCGUUCGUUCAUGAAGAAAAUCCUUCAUUUCUAAAGAAUGUCUAAAUUCCUUUUCCAUGGAAACAUCUCCAUCAUCUCUCCCAAUUCUUCUUUCUCUCGCAACUCCCACCACCACUCUCGCAGCAAUGUAAUCGUUUCAUCACAACCACUCUCAAAUAAUUUCUCCAUCUCCGACGAAAACCUAUCAUCAAGAGGCUUCGAUUUCCGUCGCUCCACUGAAGGACUUAACCUAGACCAACUCAAUUCCGUCUUCGUAUCAGUUGGAUUUCCCAAACGUGACCCGGAAAAAGUUCGAAUUGCGCUCCAAAACACCGACGCAUUGAUCUGGGUUCAAAGCGUCAAGAACCAGCGACCUGUAGCGUUUGCUAGGGCGACCGGCGACGGCGUGUUUAAUGCAAUUAUAUGGGACGUUGUUGUUGAUCCGUCGUAUCAGGGGAUUGGGUUGGGCAAGGCGGUGAUGGAGCGGUUAUUGGCGGAUCUUGUUGGGAAAGGGAUAACGAAUAUUGCUUUGUAUUCGGAGCCCCGAGUUCUUGGGUUUUAUCGACCUCUCGGGUUUAUAGCGGAUCCGGAUGGGAUCCGAGGGAUGGUGUUCUCUAGGAAACCCAAAAAAAAGUAAUACAUUUUUGGACUGACGCCCAUAAUUGUACUAAACUAAUUUAUGUUUUUUUUAUUAUUAUUA